UACCGAUUGGUCAACUAACCGGAAGAGGGAAUUUCAAAACAAAGAAAGCUAUUUUUAUGCAAAAAAUGAUUUAAUUGUCGUUGUUCAUCGCUUACAAGUAGUAACUUUAAAAGAAAACUUUACAUGCUAAAUGAAGGAUAUGGAAAAGAAACAGUGUAAGGUGAAGGUAGUAAUUAGGGUACGACCCCCUUUGAAACCAGAUGACAAGACAAGUGUCAGUGCUACAAGUGAUAGUGUACAGAUCUUCAAUCACAGAAAUGUCAAGGAAAAUAUACAAUAUCAAUUUUCAGCUGUUUAUGGCAUGGAGAGCACACAGCUUCAGAUUUACACAGACUGUGUGAAACCAGUCUUACCAAAAGCCCUUAAAGGGCAGAAUGUCUCGAUAUUUGCUUAUGGACCCACUGGUGCUGGUAAGACCCAUACUAUGUUAGGUACAUCAUCUAAUCCAGGUGUCAUACCUAGAGUUAUAAAUGGUCUGUUUGAACAGAUUGAGGAGGACAAAAUAUCAGAAGAGGAUGAAUGGCAGUAUAAAGUCACUUUUUCAUUUUUGGAAAUUUAUAAUGAAAAGGUUCAAGAUUUGUUGGAGCCAUCUGGGUCAGACUUGCCUAUCAGGGAAGAUGCUGAUAAGAAUAUACUUAUUCCAGGGCUAGCCAGAAAAGAAAUACACAGCUUUGAUGAAUUUAAAAUGGCUUUUGGACCAGCUUCCAAUAAUCGAACUGUAGCAGCCACCAAGUUGAAUGAACACUCAAGUCGAAGUCACAGUAUAGUGCAGCUGACUGUCACAAAGUCAAAGCCAUGCCGGACACUGCACGGGAAAAUAUAUCUCAUAGAUCUGGCUGGCUCAGAAGAUAAUAGACGUACAGGGAACCAGGGUAUCAGGUUGAAAGAAAGUGGAGCAAUAAACAAAUCUUUGUUUUCUCUGGGAGAAGUAGUAGAUGCCAUCAACUCAGGAUUACCAAGAAUUCCAUACAGAAACAGCAAAUUGACCCGACUCUUACAGGAUUCUAUUGGUGGAACUUGUCAUUCAUUAAUGAUAACAAACAUUGCACCAGAGGAGAGAUAUUAUUAUGACACUUACUGUACACUUAACUUCGCCACUAAAAGCAAGAAAAUUGUAAAUAACACGGCAGUCAGAGAAACUGCUGUAGGCAUUGUAAAACCAGUGCCUCAGGUGAGGAAAGCAUCUCCAGUUGUGAGGGAGUCGGAGUCCAAGGUGAAGAGACCACGCCUUGAUUGUAGCACAGAUUCUAUCUCCAGUGAUGCACCGUCACUAAGUCCUCUAAUGAAGAGACAAGAGCAGUGGGAGGAGACGGUGAACAAACGUCUACAAGAACUGGAGAGUAAUCUCAUCAGUCAGAUGAAAACAAUUCAUCCUGUCUUACCUGCUGGUGGCCCAGAUGGUGCACAGACCCCCAAAACAAAGGCAAUUCAAGAAAUGCAGCGGCAAUUAGCAGCUAGUCAUGCUCAGUUAAAAGAGUUGACUAGCAGGCAUAUGAAGUCUCCACCCCCUGUGAAGUCUCCGCCCCCUGUAAAGUCCCCACCCCCUGUGAAGCCUGUUAUACCAGUUCAACCAGAAAAACAUAUCUUAAAUGACAAGACAAACUCAGGGAAGUCAGAACUGCCAAAACCACAAAUUGAGAAGUUUGAGCGUCCAAUUAGUGGAAUAAAGAGAAAGAAGGUUGAAGAAUUCUCAUGUAGUCCCCUGUUUGCUCGACCUGUCGGCAAAAUGAAGAAGAAAAACUUUGUAUCGUCAGCUAGUACUGCUAGUAUAAAAGAUUCUGAUGAAAGUAAAGAGAAUUCAGCCAAAGGGGAAAAGAAAACAUCAGCAAAAGCAGAAUCAGCCCUGCUCAAUUCAGUAUCUCAACAGAAAAGAAAUGAAGAGUUUUUACAGAUUUUAAACACUUCGUCAGUAAAAGAUCUCCAGUCCUUACAAACAGUGGGAGCAAAGCGUGCCAAACUUAUCUAUGAAUGGAGGGAGACAUAUGGGUCCUUUUCAGAGGCUGAAGAUUUGAAGAAAAUACCUGGGUUUACAGAAAAAACAUUUCAAAAGCUUUUACAUAGUAAUUUAGUGACAGUGACUUGAUGGAGGAACAAAUGAGCUUAGGAAAAUUAUUGUGCUGAAGUUAAUCAUGUGACACAAUAUGUAUAUAUAAAAUCUACAGGCAGGAUGAAAUAUGAAAUAUACUCGUAAACAAUGUCAAAAUAUUCACAGUUCUAUUCAGGAAAGCAUAGUUUCAUUGAUAUGGAUGUAGUGGAUUCUGCUUUGGCAUGAAUUACUAACUGCUCAUGAUUAAAGAAGAAAAUACAGGAAUGAGUUAGAUUCUUGUGUACAUAAUUAUUUUAACUCUUCCAGCACUCACAACUUAAUAUUCUAUACAUAUAUAUGUGUUUUGUAUGGUGCAAAUAACAAACGGGGUCAGAAUGUGCUACAAUGCUCAUAUCCUUGCUAUUACCUAUUGGCUAUAUUUAGUAUCUUGACUCUGAUCUCCCCAUUAAUGUACUAAUGGACUGUUCCAGAUUCAAAACAAGGAAAGUCCAUUAUACAAACAUAGCAGUUUUAAGGCACAACCAAAUCACAGUACUCUUAGUGUCAUCAACCAGUGUUUCUUAAAAGUAUAUUUGAUAUUUGGCCUAUUUUAAGAUAAUUUAAUCUAAGCUUUGUACAUGUACAUUUGUAUAUAGAUAGAAGAGGAGAAUGUAACAUUAUAAAAGUGUGCAAUUGUGUAUAUAAUUUUGUCAGAAUGUUGUCUUGUUUGAAGUAAUAUUUUAAAUAUGUUUCAGAAAAAUAUUUCAUAUUAUUCAUAACUUCAUAUUCAUUUUCUGUUUGAUUUUAACUACAUUGUUUACAUACCUCCGAAAAUUGGACCAAAUAAUUUAUAAACAUGUAUUUAUAUGAUAUUUAAAAUUUGUUUACUAUUCUUUAAAAGCAUACAAUGUAUUUGUCAAAUUAUGUAAUAACAAUAAAAAAAGCAUUUUAAAAAUCACCAUUCUGGUACAGAUAGUUGUAAUAUUACUUUUUAUAUCUAACCAUUAUUAAUCAGCUCCGCAUCUUGAGUAUAUGGUACGAAAGUUACUUGUAUACUCAUCUUUUGUUGAUCAGUAAGGAAACAAUCUCAUUAUUCUUCAUUUCUGAUUAUUUCAAAUGACGUUUUAAAAACUAGUCAAAAGUCCUAUUGCAAAAAGUUAAAACUUGAAAUACUUAAAAAAGAAAAAAAUCUCCUGCAUAUAUGUUUGUAACUUCUGUCAAACCAUGACCACGAUCAUAGUCUACACUGUUUGUUAUUCAGUCAAUACAUCAUUUGAAAAUUUACCUGAAAUGGUUGAAUGGUUUUGUCCAAACUGAAAGAUGGGCAAGGCCAUUUAUGACAUUUAGUGUGGUCAGGAUUAAAAGUAUUUUAAUAUUGAUUGAUUUAGACUGAAAGAAUACAAUAAUUUAAGUGCAGCUCCAAAAAUAUAUAUGUAUAUGUGAUUAUGUACCAAUAUGAACAGUGCAGACCAAGACUAUGUAAUCAAUGCAUACCAAGGUUAGCCAGUAUAUCCAUGCCUGUCUGAUCCUGGUCUGCACUGUUUAUUAUUCACUCAGUAAAUGUUUUGAAGUUUUCCGUUAAAAUGUGUUUAUGUCCAGAUUAACAAGUCCAGGGCCGGCAAAAUCUGAUUUUGUCUUACUUUUCCAUUUUCUGAAUGAUCAAAUCUUUUAGUCACUUGUCCAUAUGAUAUUUAUAAAGUAAAUAUUUGAGAAAAUUCACUUGUCCGAACAGGCUGUGGGAUAACCUGGGCAACACUGACAAGUAAUUUUGCCGCCUCUGAAGUCCAUUUAAAAUAUUUAGUAUAAUAAGGGAUAAACUGCUUAUUCUGACUGUUGAUUUGUUAAAUCUUUAGAGAUGAUGUAUAUGUGAAUAUUUCAUGAAAAUAAGUUUUUUAUAUUAUACUUGUAAAUGAAAUAUUGAUGAAGUAAAAUGCGUAUUUUCAUUUUCCAUAUUGUCACCGUAAAAUUUUUUUAUUCACUGCAGUGAAACAUAUCUUUUGUAUUUUCACUGGUGUCUUGUUGGGCUCUCUUAUAAUGUCAAGUAAGUGAAUAUGUAUAUCCUCAAAUUUUUUGAUAAAUACAGAAUUUAUUUCGGUCUUGUGUUAUGAAAAUGAUCAUUUUUCACUUGGGUAGCCACUCAUCUUUAAAAUAAGGAUUUUUAUAUUUAUUUUUAUAAUUAUUGCAUUGUUGUAUUUUCCUGCCACAAUCAAAUUUUGUUUUCCUAGAAAUUUUGUCACCACAUUAAAAUACCUGUAUAUGGAUUUUAUUAUAAUUUCUAACCAUUUAGCAUUGAUGUCAUGAUUUAUCUUUGAUUUUGUAAAAAAGUUUUAUAUAUUUUAUUAUGUUAUAUAAUUAUUUCUGUAUUGAAAGGUUCAUCUUAUGUAACAACUUUAUAAAAUCUAUAUAAGGUAAAAUUAUGCUGUUGCAAUAAUCCUAUGGUUGAUUCUUGAAACAGCUUUAUCACAGGAUGUUUUUAUCAUUUGAGCCGCGUCACAACAAAGCCAACAUAAUGGGUUUGCGACCAGCAUGGAUGCAUCCGUGCAGUCUGAUCAGGAUCCAUGCUGUUCGCUAUCAUAUUCUCUACUUGGAUGCGCAGGCUGGUCUUGAUCCAUGCUGGUAUGUUGGUUUUGUUGUGACGUGGCUCAUUUAACACACAUGAACCUUAUACAGAAAUAGAAUAAAAUGUUCAGGAACAAAAUAUUAUGCUUUUAUUUAGAGUAGGGUUUUAACUGUUUGGCAAUGUUUUUUUUGCAUGCUCCAUUCAUUUGUCAGGAAGUAAACAAAUUUCUUUCAUACAGGUAUUUUCUAUGUAUACUCUUUCAAAACAAGAAUUGUGUAGACUACAGGCAGCAGAUAUAUAGCUUUAUACACGAAAGUUAAUAAAAGAUGAUCUCUAAAUGUUAUUGCUGUAAACUUAUAUUUGAUUUUGUUUGAUUGGGCUUUACAUGGCACCGACACAGUAGUUCGUAUGGCGACUUUCCAGCUUUACUGUUCGAGGAAGACCUUGGGUACCCUUCUGUGCAUUAUUUCAUAUUAACUUAUAUGCAUGUAGACUAAUUCAACAAAUAUGAUAUUUAAGUUUUAUUUCUGAUUUAUGUCAUAAAUUAUUUUUGUAUUAAAUUUGUAAAAAGAUUUGAUUUUUAAAUUGUGUUGUAAUAAAUGGCUAUUUAUACUUUGCAGAAGGAAAGAAUUAAAUUAAAUUUAAAGA